AUGCGGAUACCCCAGUCGUAUAUCCAGAAAUGCAAGGUCGUCGCGCAUUGCUUCCAGGCCAUAUUCGUCUUUAUCGCGGCAUGCCUGACCAUUGCUGUUAUGACCAAGGAUGGAGAUAUCGGCGGCGGCACUAGGUACUUUUUCAUCAUGUGCUUCCUGUCCAUACCCGCCAUCAUCUACCUCACAAUGGUGCCCAUGUGGUCGCGCGCCCAGCGAUUUGCCUCUGCCUACGCCUUCCUCGCCCUCGACGUCCUGUACACGAUCCUCUGGUUUGCAGCCUUUGUCUCGGUUGCUGUGUGGAACUCGGAAGGCAUCACUGAAGGUGCCAAGAAGGCAAAGAUACCAGACAAUGACCGGAACUGCUCGACUUUCUUGUAUGGCGACGAGGCCAAGUGCAGCGUCAGUAAGGCGUCGGUCGGAAUCGGCGUCAUGGUAUUCAUCUUCUUCGCCAUAACCACCGCCAUAUCCGGCUACUACUUGCACAAGUUCCUCCGCGAAGGCGUCAUGCCGUACCAGUCAUCGUCCCAGGACCCCCACUACGCCAGCGGAGACUCUGCCUACAACAACUCCAAGGAUGCCGCCUGGUCCACGGAAAUCGAGACGGCACACGGCCGCGACUCGAGCGAUUCGCUCGACCAGCGCACGGAACACGGCGGAAACCAGCAGGAAGACGAGUAUGCUUUGCUGAAUUCGACGGAGACGGACGAGGGCCGACACCCGGGCCGACCGCUGAGCUGGGGCGAGGGACGAACUGCUCCACCGUAUGCCGACUACAGCAGAGAAGACCGGGGCAGCAUUGCUGCUGGCGUUGAUGCGCUGAGUCCGGGCGGCUAUGACGAGUACAGAAAAGAGGCUGGAGCGAGCAUGGGGAGUCGCUUGAGUGGCAUGGAUCGACAGCCCAGCCACACGGGAAGUGGCUACAGCUUUAGCGGCGGUCCGGAGCGGUUAUAA